UUUACUUUCAUAGUUUUGUUUAUUUACAAGCGAAUUCUCAAAUAAGUAUUUUAAACAUUUACUGAUUUUUUAUUUAGUAAUUAAAAGAUAAUCGUGUUCAGUUUUCAAAGUAAAUUCUUAUAUAUUUGACAUAUUGUAUUGUGACGUAAUUUUAUAUGUACUUUAGUAAUGACAGGAAUUUUGCAGAAAGAUUAUAGAACGGUGAGUAGGUAAACGAUUUUCAAAGAUGUAAACAUCAUUAACUCAUUUGUCGAAUAAAAUAAAUAAAAUUCCAAAUAAAUGCUAUUAUAAAGUUGUCUAGUGAUCAAUGGAUAAUUCCAAGAUAAAUGGAGACUUUCCCUGAUCUUAAGUUGGAUAAAAAAUUUGGAAAUUAUUUAUUCAGAUAUUUCAAUGUCCGUGAUGAUAUUCCCCCUAAUCUGUUAAUGUCAGGAGCCUUUUCGUUGAAAACUGCCUUCAUAAGAUUGCUUGUGAUUGCCUACCCAAGUGUUGUUGUGUUUCAACAAAAUAGUCAAAAUGAUUUAUUGAAAGCCGUAGUAAGCUUAUAAAUACAUCUACUCUUCUAACUCAGUUCGUUGAUGAGCUUUGUCUGAUACUUAUAUCACCUAUAGAUCAUUGUGAAUAGUUUUCGAAUACACAUAUUGUUCACUUAUUCAUUCAUAAGAUUGUACACCAACUCUGCAUUUAUAAAUGCUCAGUAUAGUAUACUAUAGUAUUUCCAUAAUUAUUUAUUUUCUCAUGAAUGUUUUGUGCUUUUUUAAAAAUCUGGGCGGAAUAUUCUAUUACUAACUUGGAUGAAAUUAUCUGUCUGACCGAAAACAAAUUUACUUUGCUUAGUAUAUUUUUCCUCAAGAAAAUUAAUCCUGUAUAUCAGUUUACGAAUAAUUUUUUUUACAUGAUGUAAUAAAUGAGGAUAUGCUUAACCUCUAGACUACUGAGUCGGCAUCCAACGGUUUUAAUUUCUAACUUCAAUCAAUAUACUCACUGAAGACAUUGAUGGACGGUUGCUCAAUAUCGCGGAUUGAUUGAUGGGAAUUUUAUAGAUCCAGGGUCAUCAAAGCAUCCUUCAAAACAAAGAUGUAGGGAAUCACGUUGAAUGAUAUCCAAUGUUAUAAACCCACCAGCUUCAGAUCAUCACCUGGUGGUGGCCAAGAUGAAACUACAGCCAGAGAAACACUGGACAAACAGCAUUACAAAGGUUCAUCACAGCCUUCCAACGAGAAACUAACAAACUCAAUGAAUUCAAGAUGACUUCCAACAACAGGUUGCAAGCCUUACAGGAUCCACUGAAAUAAGAAGAAAUUACUAUGGAGGAUGACUGGAAGGGAAGUGAAGAAGCAUUAAAUUCAACGUGUCAUGAGGUGCUUGGCUGCAAGAAGCAUCAUCAUAAGGAAGGGAUCUCUAUCGAAACCAUGCACAAUAUUCAAGAUAAAGAAGUACAAGAAGACAGCAAUUAACAGCAGUAAUGUGUUUCCUUCAGACAACCAGCAUGACAGCGAUUCUGCCUUCUCACAAGGAGGGUUGAGGUUAGAAAAGGUCAACCAUAAAAACACACACGUUGCCUUAUCCCACGGAUUUCCGUCUCCGGCGAUAAGGUCCCAACAACUACGGAGCUAACACGAAAAUUAUCCACAAAAAAGUCGUGUGUGACCGACCUCAAGCAGUCCUUCAACGGGCACUGCGGAUACGCCCUCAGGUCACUAAGACCACCUCUAACCCGACUUCCGUUUCAGGCACCUCUAGAAGAGCCCUUCCACGGUGUGGACAACCGGUGAGUAAUAACCACCCUCACACCUUUAACAGAGCUCAAGAUCAUUGUAUUCAUAACCAAUCAACCCAGAUUUUGCUUGCAAAUACAUACUAACAGCUGUGGAAACAUCAGCGAAAUCUAUUAGUGAUAUGAACCAAAAGUUUAUGAAAAACCAAUGGGCUUCCGCUGCAUCUAUUGCAGUGAUAUACUCUCGUAAACGUAUCCCAUCAGGCUCCGAACAUGACGAUGAACAAAAACAAAUCAGAUAUAGAUUAACCGAAAGACAAACGAACGACCGUGAGCAGUGGUGGGCAACGAAAGCAAGAGAGAUGGAAGAGGCACUGACUGUAGUUAGCACCAGAUAGAUUUUAAGACUGAUAAAAGGAACUAGAAUUAAGAAGUCAAGUGUAAGAGGGACGAUUUCUGAAAACAACGACACUUAUCUGCUCUCAGUCCAGACGUUUAGAACGAUGGUUGGAACACGUUAAGGAGCAGUUCAACUGGCCUUCAGCUACUCUACAGCUGCCCACCAUUUCCAAACAGCCUGGAUGGAACACUAAAAUAUGCCCUCCACUCUGAUUGACGUUCAAAAAGCUACAGCUAACCUGAGACGAGGAAGAGCAGCUGGUUCAGAUGGAUGGACUCCAGAGGUCUUCAAAGAUGCUGAUCCAGUUUUAGCGACUAGGUUGACUAAUAAUUUAGCUAAAAUGUGGGAACUGAAUGCAAUCCCAUCUGACUGGUCGGAAUCAUUGAUCAUCCCAAUCUAUAAGAAAGGAUCGAAAUCAUCCUGUGAUAAGCAUAGGGGGAUUAGUUUGUCUAAUAUAUCAUUUAAAACACUAGCCUCAAUAAUUAUCGGACGCCUAACAAGAAAUCGUGAACAACAAUUAAGAGGAAACUAGGCUGGCUUCAAACCUGAUCGUAUCUACAUCGACCACAUAUUCACCAUUUGUCAGGUUUUAGAACACAGACAUGUUUAUCGGAAUCGAACAAUGAUAGUUCUACUUGACUUAAGGCGGUAUUUUACUCUAGACCGAGAUGUUCUGUGGCAGUGUCUGUUAUUGAAAGGUGUACCUCAGAAGUACAUAAACCCUGUGAAGGUUCUUUACUCGAACACUAUUAGUCGAUCUGUUGUCUGAUCUCCAUUUUUGUUUAAUUUUAUCAUUGACCGAUGCGUAUAUGUGCCUGGUCCUACAUCGUAACUGACUGACUUUUAAUGAAACAACUUAUUUUCACAUAAAACUGACAUAUGAAAGAGGUAUAGAGAAAAUGUUUGUUUAUAUGUUUUUCUUCGAAACACUGCAUACAUUCGAAGGUCUAUCAACAUGUGAUAACCACCAUCAAAUGUUCAAUACUCACUUGAUUAUGAGAUAACAUAACAUUUGAAUGUUACAAUGCUCUGAUUCGGAAAUUCGUUUAUUUAUUCGGCGGACUGAACAUUUAUUGUUUACCUUGGACUUCUUUCAACCCAAUUCGAUUGCUUCUUAAUCUUUUCUAAUCGAUUUUUAUCUGUUUCUUCUAUGAUAGAAAUACGGAUCUGUUAUUUGAAAAACAACGUCUCAUAUUUUAAUACUGUAGCCUGUUUGGUAUAACCGACCCUUUUCAUCACAAACUGACAAUUAUAUCGUGCGUGUGAACUCGCGACACUACGGAUCAUCGUUGAACAAUGAUUUAAAUGGAACUCGUCACUAUACAUCAACUUCAUUGAUUAUGAGAAAGCGUUUGACAGCGUGAAUAGGGAGGACAAAAUUGAAACUUCUUUGACACUAUAGUGUACUUGAGAAGAUCAUCAAUAUCAUGCGGAAUUCACACGACGGAGUACAGUGCAAAGUGGUGCAUGGAGGACAGCUGACAGAUGUAUUCUAAGUGAGGACUGGAGUCAGACAAGGCUGCUUACCCUCCCCCUUUCUCUAUCUUCUGGUGGUUGACUGGAUAAUGAAAACCAUGACACCUGAGAGGAAGCACGGAAUACAAUGGGCGACUUGCAUGCAACUAGACGAUUUGGACUUGGCAGGUGUUUUUCCACGGUCAACGAACAACCAUAUUUUACUUUCACUUCAUAUCAGUUUGUGUGUGGAUCGCGUUUUCUAUCCGUUCGGCCAUCAUCGACUUUUCAUUAUCACAAUACUUUGAAUCAUUGUAAUGAUCUUCUGUUGCAACCUGCCUUUAUUGCUGGUAGUAGUCAACGUAGCUAAAGGAAGUUUAGUCGAUGUAAACAUAUAGUUUCUUAGUUGCUUCAGCAUUUCAGUUGAUCACAUCAUCAUGCAGUAAAAUUGGUUCAUUAAUCAUCCUGAUGUUUCUUUAUAUUAGCAGAUAUGUUUAUUGACUGCUGUU